GGUCCAGAGUCAGCCAACAUGGCGGCCAUGUGAAGUGAAGCGGGUUGUCUGCAGUGCCAAGAAAAUGAGGGUGCCCCGUUGCUGUUUUGGGGGCCGGAGAGCCUAUUUGGUUUGGCCAAUCCUGCUGAUCCUCCUGGUUGGAGCAGCUUUGACAGCUCUGCUGCCACCUGCUGAGGACCAAGGAGCUGCUGGAGUCCUGGGAGUACUACGCAGGGCUGCAGAAUCAAAGGAGAGUCACCACGCUGACAGCUCAGAGGAGGAAAAGUUCACCGUCGUCAUCCAAACCUACAACCGCACAGACGUUUUGCUCAAACUCCUGAACCACUACCAGGCAGUGCCUCACCUUCAGAAGAUUAUCAUCGUGUGGAACAAUGUUGGGGAGCAGACGCCCCUGAAGUUGUGGAACUCUUUGGGGCCUCAUCCGGUCCAGGUGGUCUUCAAGGAGCAGAAGAGCAAUCAAAUGCGCAACAGACUACAGUCGUUCCCAGAGAUCAAUACGGAUGCUGUCUUGAUGCUGGAUGAUGACACCCUCAUCAGUGUUCCUGACAUCAGUUUUGCUUUCUCUGUUUGGAAGCAAUUUCCAGACCAAAUUGUUGGAUUUGUCCCACGGAAACAUGUCGCAACACCAGCAGGAGUUUACAGUUACGGCAGCUUUGAGUUGCAGAAUCCAGAAGCAGCUGGAGGUGACAGAUACUCCAUGGUGUUAAUUGGUGCUGCUUUCUUCCACCGUCGCUACCUGCAGCUCUUCCAGGAGCAACCUCCAGCGGUGCACGCCUUAGUCGAUGAAACGCAGAACUGUGACGAUAUUGCCAUGAACUUCGUAGUAGCAUUAUAUUUAAGGAAACACUCCAAGGCCAGCAGAGUCAGUAAACCCUCUGGGGUUUUUGUCAAACCUGUGGACCUCCGCAACCUGGAAAAAGAUGCCAGCAGUGGGUACCAGGGAAUGUGGCAUCGCCCCGAACACCUUCUCCAGAGGUCCUACUGCCUGAACAGACUGACGCAGAUCUAUGGCUUCAUGCCGCUCUGCUUCUCCAACCUGAUGGUCUCCCAGUUUGGUUUCCCCACCUAUGCCAAUCACAAGAGUAGGGGCUGAGGAAGUUGCUGAUUUGUUGUUGGAGUGAAAGAAGACAAGUUCAAGUAGCAGCCUGGUAAGUCUGUCUUGGUUUACAUCACAUCACACAUCUGGGCAGAGGACUAGCUGAAAUGAGGGGAUUUUCUCACUUUUCAGUGAUCCGUGGAUAGUCAUUAGCCACCGGAUGUGUUUGGAAACAAACAUGAUUUAAAGACAUUUUUAUUGUUUUAUUGUUGGACAUCUUCAGCGUCUUCAGUGGUAGAACGCUCCGACAAUUUUGUUUUUUGGGUGCAUUUUACAAUCCUGAGCAGUCCCAUCAUGACUUCAGCAGGACAGUGAUGGACUUUCAUCAUUUGGAUGACUGCAAGGACUUAAGGACUUUCUGCACACGGUCCAGUCGGAUAAAACGUCCAUAUUUGAUAAGGUCAUCUGUACUGUUGCCAAAGGCGGCCUUUCCUCCAGCAUGUCCAACUUCCUCAGUGGAUUUUAGUGCAUUUACUUUAAAGCCAGCCGGCGUCGGUCUUAACUUUAAACUCGCCUCGUUUUUAACUGUGAUUUACAAGAUGUAUACAUUUUCUGUUGUCUCAUUUUUCUGACAAAUCAGUGCUAGAAGAUUUAUUCCAUAGUAAUGUUUAGCCAAAAAAACCCCACACGAGUUUGAAUCUGGGGAUAGAACAGAAUUAGUGAAAGCAUUUGAAAGCUAUAUUUAUAUCCUACGCAUGCAUGGACAAUCAGUUUUUUUUUAAUGUAUGCAUAUGUGUUUGUAAGGUUCUAUCAUGUGAUUCAAUUGAAUAAAGUUGUCCUCUUUUUCUAACAAAA